AUCAUUCGUUCAAUACCUGAGACUGCUUCAGUGACAGCGAGAAUUUUAGGUUAGAUUGGCGAAAAAAAAGUUGUAUUUUCGUAAUGGGUGACUCCGAUUACAAGCCGAAGAUUAGCGGCACUAAGCAAGAUCCAGUCUUGAAAGAGGCAGAACUAGCUUACAUGAGAAUAAUUGAACAAAAAAAUCGUGAGCGAGUUCAAAAACUGCAAACAAUUGCCAGGAAAAAUCGCAUCACUGGUUUUACUAUUGCCGGAGGAGUCUUUGGUGUUUACUUAUAUUCCAUCUUCGCAGUAAAGCAGGAGACAUUCCUUGACGAUUUUGACGAACCAGUAAAAGUACAGCAAUAAUGGCUGCAGCCAAAAAAGCUCUUCAAAUAAGAUUGCCUCCUCUGCCGAGUAUAAAAGAUGUUAUUCGUUUGUACAAAUUGCGUGCUCUUAGAGAAUUAUCACAAAAUUUUCUUAUGGAACCUCGUUUGAUUGACAAGAUAGUGCGUGCAGCUGGCAACAUCGAAAA